ACCAGCUUUUAUUCUGAAAGUGACAGAGUCAGGAAGUUCCAGUCAGCCGCUGUUGUGCUAAAGGCUAACGGUUUGAGUUAAGUGUCGUUUAAAACUCAACGGUAACAGACGUUAUCGAACAUACGGACCAGCGCAUUUUUUUCUCAUGCUGCUCACCUCCACCUGCACAUCUUCCCUGCUUGUAGGAGCACACCGUCUCCAUGGCGACUGAGGACUUGUACGAGGUCGAGCGGAUUAUGGAUAAGCGCAGGAAUAAAAAAGGUAACCUGGAGUACCUCGUCCGUUGGCGGGGUUAUGGUUCUGAGGAGGACACUUGGGAACCUGAGAGUCACUUGUCUAUGUGCAUGGUAUAUGUGCAUGAGUUUAACCGUCAGCAGGCCAAGAAUCAGAAAGACCGUGCUUUACUACGAUCCACCCGUGGACCACCAGGACUCCACUGCAGAGCCAACCACAGCACCCUCUUCAGGCCACCAGCCCCCCUUACAGCCCACACACAGGUCAGCGUGACUGGACCCGGACCAGGAUCAGAAGACUCUGAGCAUCAAAACCCUGUGGUUGGUCCGACUCACCUGCCCCUGGUGGUACCAUCUUAUCUACCUGCCAUUGGUGUUCCACAGUCCCAACGCAGGUUCUGCGCCGGCCCAAUGAUGGCAGCACCGGCUACAUCAGCACGCAGCAGCCUGGACUUAUCUAAAACUGGCAUCAAGAUUCUGGUUCCCAAAAGUCCCUUCAAAAGCAGUCUGCACUCAGAGGAGGAGUCCCCAAGUGAAGCGGGUGCUCAUGAAGCUCAUCAGGUUCCACCAGAGGUGGCGCUGCUGGAGAAAUCUGCAGGAGUCCAACUAGGUCCUGGAGAAGAGCGGGCACGUAUGGGAACCCGACCACGGAGUCACAACGUCCCGUCUCUGCCACGCCUUCCUGCAACAGCAGCUGCCCUGCAGGCCCUGGCUGGUACAGGGAACUCCAUGUCAAGUGUGACGGGGAAGAGACGCCUAGAGGAGAGGUCUGCUUUUGACAAACGUCUGCGAUUUAGUGUCAGACAAACUGAGAGUGCGUACCGAUAUCGUGACAUUGUGGUGAAGAAACAGGACGGAUUUACCCACAUCCUGUUGUCCACCAAAAGUUCUGAGAACAACACGCUCAACCCAGAGGUCAUGAAGGAGAUCCAGAGCGCUAUGGCAACAGCAGCAUCAGAUGACAGUAAAUUGGUGCUGCUGGCUGCUGUGGGCGGUAUUUUCUGCUGUGGGCUGGACUUCUUGUCUUUUAUCAGACGACUAACAGAGGACAGGAAGAAGGAAAGUAUGAAGAUGGCUGAAAGCAUCAGAACCUUCGUCAACACAUUCAUCCAGUUCAGGAAACCCAUUGUAGCGGCGGUCAAUGGCCCCGCCCUCGGCCUCGGGGCCGCCCUUUUGCCUCUGUGUGAUGUUGUGUGGGCCAAUGAGAAGGCAUGGUUUCAGACUCCAUACAUGUCAUUUGGCCAAACACCUGAUGGAUGCUCCUCUUUUACCUUCCCCAAGAUCAUGGGCAUGGCCUCGGCCAACGAGCUUCUCCUCAGCGGCAGGAAGUUGACGGCUCAGGAGGCCUGUUCUAAAGGUCUGGUCUCUCAGGUCCUGUGGCCGGGAACCUUCACACAGGAAGUGAUGCUGCGUGUCAAGGAGCUGGUGACUGUGGACUCACUGGUUCUGUGCGAAUCCAAAGCUCUGAUGAGAAACACCAGUCGAGGUGCCCUAGAACAAGCCAACGAGCGGGAGUGUGAGGCACUGAAGAGAGUUUGGGGGUCGAUGCAGGGAACCGACGCCAUCUUGAGGCACCUUCAGAGAGGAACGGAGCUUUGCUAGAACCUGAGUUCUGAUCAAGGUCCUGCUUCAUCUGUGGGACUCAAAAGCAUUUUAUUUGUAAUAUUUCUAAGGUUACUUGGCUUAACACAACUGGAACUGCUAGCAUCAUGAGCUACAAUAUCUGUUAGCAUUGUAAUUUCCAUUGUUACCACUAGUUGUCACUGCACAUUCAUUCUGAUAAAAAGCUGUCUAUUUUUGUACACUUGAUAUUUAUAAACCUUACUGUCCUCAGCUGACCUGAGGGCAGUUUAAUGCCAUUA